AGUAGCAGGUAAUUAUAUUAUUUCUCCUCCUAUUUUCUCUCACAUUUUUUCUUUUUAACGGGAAGAAAAAGCACCUCAUCAUUUUGACACUAACUUCAAAGGAGUUUCAUAAAGAAUUUGAUGCUUCUUGUUUGGGUGCAGUGGACCUGAUUCUAAACGUCUGUGUCAGUGAUGAGGACUGUUGCUGCUCUGCUGUCCUACUGUUUUUGGAUAAGCGUUGGCAACCAUGCUGUUCAGACAGAUCAAAAAUGUGGUACCCCUCAAGUGGUGAAGCCAAUGUUUCAGUUCCUCAGAGUGGUUGGGGGGACCCAAGCUAAAUAUGGGUCCCAUCCAUGGCUGGUUUCAGUGCAGAACAGAGGCUUUCAUUUCUGCGGAGGAGCCAUUCUGACUGACAGCUGGAUACUGACUGCGGCCCACUGCUUCCCAUUUGUAUCAAAAGACUUUUUGAGUUGUGUGCGGGUUCUGGUGGGAGAAUUUGACUUACGAGCAGAUGAUGAAGAUGAGCAAGCCUUUACAGUCAAGUCUGUGUCAGUCCACGAGAAAUACAAUCAAGCGUUUCCAAUGAAUUAUGACAUAGCUCUGGUGGAGCUGGAUCAUCACAUCAGAAUGGGAGCUCGUGUCAGGCCUAUAUGUCUACCUCUGCCUGAUUUACAGAUCCCUCCAUGGACUAAUUGUGUUGUUGCUGGUUGGGGAAAAACAAGGGAAAGGGGACGCCUUCCUGCAAUCCUGAGGGAAGUCAACCUGGGUUUGGUAGAUCAGGCCAAGUGUAAAUACAUCCUACACACGAUCAAAAGCUCAUUUUCUAAACAGAAACGAGGACUCCUUGAGGCAGACAUGACAGUUCUGUGUGCUGGACCAGAGGAAGGAGGAAGAGAUGCCUGCCAGGGAGACUCCGGGGGUCCUCUGGUAUGUCCGGCAGGCUCGGGAAGCCACUGGGUUGCACUGGGAAUAACUUCUUGGGGUAAAGGCUGUGGCCGGAGCUGGGGAAACAACAGCAGCCAACCUCCGUCAAAGAGAGGAUCUCCAGGGAUUUUCACUGAUGUCAGACUGGUUCUACCCUGGAUCAAGCAGAAGCUGAGGGAGGCUGAGCAGCAGCAGCAAUCAACAUCAGGACUUUGCAGUGUGAGAGAUGGGCAGGUAUCCGACAGUCAAGGGUUAAUCGGGAAUCCCAGUUUUCCUGACACCUACUAUGACAAUAACCAGUUGUGUUUGUGGAGAAUUAAUGUUCCUCCAGGUUACAGUAUUCUGCUAGAGUUUGAUCGGUUUGAUGUGGAAAAUGACUCUUAUUGUCAGUAUGAUCGGCUCACAGUUUCAGUAUCAAUCCACAGGCCUGUUGCAAUAUUUUGCGGUCAAUUACUACCAGGUCCAGUGCUUCUACUGAACUCCCAGAACGCAAUGCUGCACUUCUCCUCUGACAUAAACAGAGCAGGGCAUGGCUUUUCAAUUAGGUACCGUGGCAUCAAGGGACCCUUUCCUCCAGCAUGUGGGACUCUUGUUCUGGUUGAGGAUCAGAUUUUACUCCACACCCCAAAUUACCCACAGUUCUACAGUAAUGACUGUGCGCUCCGCUGGGUCAUCUACGCUCCUCCAGGACAACUAAUUAAGCUGGACUUUGCUGAUUUUGACCUGGAGGAAUCAGAGAGAUGUUUGUAUGAUUCAUUGACGGUUCUGGGAGACAUUGAGGAAAACGAAGAGAUUGCUGUGUUGUGUGGUGGCAGUAUUCCUCCUCCUGUGCUGUCCUUCAACAGCAUUAUGCUGCUUCAUUUCACCUCAGACAGCAGCAUCGCUCACAGGGGCUUCAGGGCAGCACUUACAUUCAUCAGGAUCGAAGAUUCCUUCAAGCAGCAGUCCAGCAGCAGAGCUCUGACCCAUCAGGGUGUUGUGGAACACAAGUCCUCACAGGAUCAAAGAUUUCAUGCGGGAAGGAGAUCGGAUCAUGAAGACCACAGUGGUGAAUCUUCAGGAAAUGGAAUGGAAGGAGAAAGCGAGAAAGCAAGAAACUAGAUUUACAUCCUUGAUCCACCAAUAGUCAUUCAUUCUCUGCUUGAGCAUUUGAUUUCAGGGGAAGCUUUUAAAAUUACUGUUUACGUGUUGAAUUAUCUGUGCAAAAAUAAUGUUAGAGUAAAAAUUAUUUAUCUUUCUAAAGACAACACUUAAAGAUACAACUUUUGUAGUAAUUGAAUUUUCAUGGUAUGUUUGUAUAUUGAAAUUUUUAUAGUGUACAAUUGCAUUAAAGGUUAUGAGUUGAUUGCACAUUUACAGCAAUGUGCAUGCUCUCAUUUCUUUCUAUCUCUUAAGGAGUGAGACUUUUUUUGUGAAGUUUAAACAGGCGGCAACAGUUCUUAAGAUUUCUGAAGGUCUAUUAAAGUUUUUAUUUGA